AUGUUACAGAAUGAGAAGGUGUUGCUCCCACUUGUCAACAAGCUGCUGUUUGGUUCCUCACAAGACAGCACCGGGGAACCUCUGACAGCACAGCUGGUUCAUCGCCUGGAUCUCGAGGCCCUCCUUGCUGGCUUGGAGAAGAAGAUCCGCUCUGAUGCUUCACUAUAUCCUGGUCUGGCAAUGGAGGCAGCUGUCAGAGCAGGGAUUAUUAAGGAAGUGGAAAGCAUUGUGGAGCAAGCCCUGAAACUGUACAGCGCUGACAGGGUUGGAUUGGUGGAUUAUGCACUGGAAUCUGCUGAAUAAAGAUGCUGCAGCAUUUAAACUAAUUGAACUGAGGGUGAAUAACAACU